GCUUCUCCAACCAAAUCACUGAUUCACUGCUUUUUCUAACAUGCCGUAAACAACAAGCUCAAACAAAACUUCACUCACGACACGGAUUUCUGCCACAUUAAAAAGGCAUCAAACGUCCUAUUCACGCCUGAGUUGUCCGGCAAGCAUACAAGGGCUUUCUUUUACCCCACCCAAAUAUCAACAACUAGCGCUUCCGGAUUCGGCAACGUGCGCGUGAAUGUGAGCUAACUACCCAAUCAUAGCGCAGGACACGAAUACUACUAUCCAAUCCUAGCGUAGGAGGCGGGUUCUGUUGAAAUAGCCUUGUUGGGUGAAAAAUUGGCUACCACUCCAGUGUUUGUAGAUGUUCUGGCUCUGCACAGGCUCACCACAUGGCACAAACAGUGGCAAUGGACAUUGGAUUACCAAAGUGGUUUUCUAGGGCACUGAAGAUGUCAUCUGCAGUACUGUUACUUUGGAUAUGCCUGAGGCAUUAAAUCUUGCACAUAAGGAGAUAAGGAGGAUUGACGGCUUUCCUCCAUGAGAACGCUGCUAUAAUGAGUGGAUUUAUUCAGAAGGUCAACCCAAGUAAAUCAGCCUUAAAGGGUUCCAGUUCUUCUAAAUCAAGCAGUAAGGCUUCCCUGAUUGACACCAGUGAAGAUGAUCAACCCACAAAACACAAACAGAACCCUGCUAUCAUGAGUGGAUUUAUUCAGAAGGUCAAGCCAUUUAAAUCAUCCUCAAAGUGUUCCAGUACAUCUGAAUCAAGCAGUAAGUCUUCUCUGACUGACACCAAUGGAGAUGAUAAACCCACAAAACACGAAGAGUGUUCCAGUACAUAUGAAUCAAGCGGUAAGUCUUCCCUGAUUGACACCAGUGGAGAUGAUGAACUCACAAAACACAAAGAGGGUUCCAGUUCUUCUAAAUCAAGCAGCAAGUCUUCUCUGAUUGACACCAGUGGAGAUGAUAAACCCACAAAGCACAAACAGAACCCUGCUAUCAUGAGUGGAUUUAUUCAGAAGGUCAAUCCAUUGAAAUCAUCCUCAAAGUGUUCCAGUACACCUGAAUCAAGCCCUAAGUCUUCGCACACUGGCAACAAUGAAGAUGAUAAACCCACAAAACAUGAACAGGGUUCUACUUCUUCUAAAUCAAGCAGUAAGUCUUCCCUGAUUGACACCAGUGGAGGUGAUAAACCCACACAACACGAAGAGGGUUCUACUUCUUCUAAAUCAAGCAGCAAGUCUUCCCUGAUUGACACCAGUGGAGAUGAUAAACCCACACAACACGAAGAGGGUUCCAGUUCUUCUGUAUCAGGCAGUAUGUCUUCCCUGAUUGACACCAGUGGAGAUGAUAAACCCACAAAGCACAAACGGAACCCUGCUAAAAUAAGUGAAUUUAUUCAGAAGGUCAACCCAUUUAAAUCAUCCUCAAAGUGUUCCAGUACACCUGAAUCAAACACUAAGUCUUCGCACACUGGCAACAAUGAAGAUGAUAAACCCACAAAACAUGAACAGGGUUCCAGUUCUUCUAAAUCAGGCAGUAUGUCUUCCCUGAUUGACACCAGUGGAGAUGAUAAACCCACAAAACAUGAACAGGGUUCCAGUUCUUCUGUAUCAGGCAGCAUGUCUUCCCUGAUUGACACCAGUGGAGAUGAUAAACCCACAAAGCACAAACAGAACCCUGCUAUCAUGAGUGGAUUUAUUCAGAAGGUCAAUCCAUUUAAAUCAUCCUCAAAGUGUUCCAGUACACCUGAAUCAAACACUAAGUCUUCGCACACUGGCAACAAUGAAGAUGAUAAACCCACAAAACAUGAACAGGGUUCUACUUCUUCUAAAUCAAGCAGCAAGUCUUCCCUGAUUGACACCAGUGGAGAUGAUAAACCCACACAACACCAAGAGGGUUCCAGUUCUUCUGUAUCAGGCAGUAUGUCUUCCCUGAUUGACACCAGUGAAGAUGAUAAACCCACAAAGCACAAACAGAACCCUGCUAUCAUGAGUGGAUUUAUUCAGAAGGUCAAUCCAUUUAAAUCAUCCUCAAAGUGUUCCAGUACACCUGACUCAAGCACCAAGUCUUCGCACACUGGCAACAAUGAAGAUGAUAAACCCACAAAACAUGAACAGGGUUCUACUUCUUCUAAAUCAGGCAGUAUGUCUUCCCUGAUUGACACCAGUGGAGAUGAUAAACCCAUACAACACGAAGAGGGUUCCAGUUCUUCUGUAUCAGGCAGUAUGUCUUCCCUGAUUGACACCAGUGGAGAUGAUAAACCCACAAAGCACAAACAGAACCCUUCUAUAAUAAGUGAAUUUAUUCAGAAGGUCAACCCAUUUAAAUCAUCCUCAAAGUGUUCCAGUACACCUGAAUCAAACACUAAGUCUUCGCACACUGGCAACAAUGAAGAUGAUAAACCCACAAAACAUGAACAGGGUUCCAGUUCUUCUAAAUCAGGCAGUAUGUCUUCCCUGAUUGACACCAGUGGAGAUGAUAAACCCACACAACACGAAGAGGAAGAAAUUUCUGCAUCCAGUACAUCUGCUGAACAUGAGUCUACUAGUAUGCCUGGAUUUGAAUGGGAUCAUUUUAAGAAGGACUCUGAGAAUCCUACUGAGGCGGAAAUGGAGGCAACCAGUGAAGCUAGUGCUCUGCAGACUGAUGAUGAUGAAGGCUUAUUGGACUGGUGGAGAAAUGUGGAAGGUUGGAACGAAUGGAAUGAGACAACAAACUUUGAGGGAGACGAUGCAGAGCAAGCCAUAGAAGCAGCUGCAGAUCGUGUCUUCAAAGCUGCCCGUCUUUACGUUUAUUUAUUCAAAAAGCAAGAGCCAUCACUGUAUAUGCGAGUCAUCGAGUUACUGGCAGUUGCUGAUGCAGCAGACAACUUCCAUAAGAAAACUGUGACCGCUAGCGUUGGAGGAGGAGUGGCUAGCGUAGCUGGUAGCAUCACCACCAUCACAGGAUGGGCACUGGCACCUGUCACUUUUGGGUCAUCACUUAUUGUAACAGCAGUAGGCAUCGGCGUUGCAACAGCAGGGGGUCUCGCGUCAGCAUCCGCCAACAUCACAGACACAAUGCACUCAAGGACAGACCGGGCCAAAGUGGAGCAGAUCAUUCUCAACUACCAGGAGGAGAUAAAGGACAUCAGAGAAUGUCUUCAGUUCUUGCAGACAGGUAUGGAGACUCUCGAAGAGUGCAACUUCCAGCAGUACAUGGACAGCAUCUCCAAGCAGGCAAUGAACAAGAAUGUGAAGCAUGUAAUGAAGGAGGGUGGCCGUGCUGGUAAGGCAUUACUUAUCAAUGCUGAGAACCUGGCAAGCACUGUGCAAGUGCUCAGUACUGCCACUGGGGUUGCCAAAGCCACUCAGGUCCUCAGCAUCGCCAGCGGGGUCAUGUCUGGCCUCUUCCUGGCCCUUGAUGUCUUCUUUUUAGCCAAAGACUCCAGGGAACUGCACAAAGGGGCCAAGACAAAGUUUGCAGCCAAGAUUAGGGAUGUGUGCAAGGAAUUGCUGGACGGCCUUAUUGAACUGAAGAAGAUUAAAGAACAGCUGCAGGAAAUCAUGAAUAAUGCAGAGGAGGAGGAAGAGGAGGAGGAGGAAGAAGAAGAAAAGGAGGAGGAGCAAGAAAAAGAAAAGUGUAAGAAAGACCAGUGAGCACAGAAGUGAAUAGUAUAAUGAGAAUAAAAGACAAUUAAGAUUUUUGUGGGCAUUAAUACGUUGCAUGUAAGAGAGGAGGAAGAUAUGAAAUACUAUUAAGCACAGAGAUCUCUAAAAAGCAGGAAACAAUAAUAUUUAGAUACUGACAAAAACUUAGCUAAGAUUAUUUAUGCUGGGGUUGGAAAAAAAUUGUUGCUGAUUUUGGUGGUGGAUGUAUGGUUUAGGUCAAAAAGUGUUUUUACUUACAUUGUAGUUUUGGAUUGUUGCUAUUUUUUAUUAAAUCAUUAGUUUCUUUUUUCAGACAUGUAAAAGUUUUUUCCUUUACCUGACAUGUUUCGACAGUGUCACUUCCGUCUUCAUCAGAGGGUCACCCGGAUGUUGGUGUGUGACAUGCUUUUAUAAUCAGCUGAUGUUAGACAUAAAGACAUAAUGAACGUAACACAUAUGCUAUUUUUAUUGAUGGAGAGAUGGACUGUGAUCCUGAGCCUUACAUAGAUAGGACUUAGGUUUAUACAAUUUGAAACUCCUUCAAAUUUUAGGAAGGGAAGUUACGGUACAUUCACACCAAAAGCGGCAAGAGCAUUAAAAUUCACUCUGGCAGCCCUAACAACAACACUGUCAAAGUUUGCAGAGGUUUUGUGACGAAGAUGGAGUGAGCAGCUACAGGUUUGAUUCGAAUACUUUGUCUUGCAAACUUUAUUUAAAGUGGCUGCAAAGCAAACACGCGUCAACCGGUAUCUGUGCUGACUGGCAUUUUUUUUCCCCAACCCCAGCAUAAAUAAUCUUAGCUAAGUAUUUGUCAGUAUC